GUCGUCAUACCUGAAAUCCAUCUCGCAAGGCUUGUGACACAUUCGACCACAGACCUGCAUAUCGUCGGCUAUCGAGUGCAUUAGACUCGCGAAUAACUCUUCGGAAUCUUUUAUGUAUUGGGAUAUGCAUAGUCUCCCAAUGGCAAUGAAUCCAGCAGAAGGUCUACCCACCGAGGACAUCUCCGGCCGUACUUCGGGAAUCGCGCUGUUGGAGACUACCCCCGGCAUUGAUCCCCGUGCAUCUGUCGACGACUACAACAGGGUGAUGCUGCAGUAUACCCAGCGUCAAAUCGAAGCAUUCACCCAGGCGGGAGAUAACAUGCUCGGACGUCGUAAUAGUGGCAACAGCCGUAGCAGCGGAAGCAGCGGCCAAAGCAACACAUCUUCCAUGACCAAUAUGGCUGGUGCUGGUAGCGGUCUACCACCUCAGCAGACUAGACGUGAUGGCAGCACCCAGUCUCCGGGUAGUGCUCGUGACUAG